AAUUAUAUAUACAACACAAAUCUUCAACACCCUCCUACAACCCUCCUCUCUAAGCUUGCAUCUAUCUCUCUCUAAAAAAAUCUGAAGCCAUGAAGCAAAUUCAGCAUGCACUUCUCAUCUUCCUCUUUCUUUUCCUACUCAUCUUCUCCCACUCAACAGCAUCUGCUCGUCUCCUGCCACCCCAUCAAGGUGAAGAGAUGAUGACAGCAGAUGGGAUGAGUCAUGAUGCAGGUUUACCCAUAAAGACAGAAGAAGACGAUCUCUUUAAUCUAAUGGGAUUGGAGGAAUGUGAUGAUGAGAAAGAUGAUGGAUGUCUGAAGAGAAGGGUGGUUGCAGAGGCUCACCUGGACUACAUUUACACCCAACGCCAUAAGCCCAAGGCUUCUCCAUAAAAUAUAUAUGCUCCUUGCUUAAUGAACUAAUUCAUGUAGUCUUUUAUUUAUGAAUUAAUGGAGAUCAUGAUAUGUAAUGCAACUCUAUAUGCAGUAUUUACAUAAUAUGUACAUCAAAUAUUAGUUAUGCAACUCUACUACUCUUUCUUAUUUA